GCACAGUGGCUGGAAGUGGCGCCUGAGCAAGGCAUUGUAGACCUCUCCUUCCUGCUGGCACCAGAGGCAACGCUGGGAACCUAUACAGUAGCAAUGGCUGGGGGCACGGCCUUUGGCACCUUCAGCGUGGAAGAACAUGUGUUGCCUAAGUUUAAGGUGGAUGUGGUGGAGCCCAGGCAAUUAUCAACAAUGGAGGAGUCCUUCUUAGUGAAAAUCUGUUGUAGGUACACCUACGGAAAGCCCAUACUGGGGACAGCACAGGUAUCUGUGUGUCAAAAGGCAUAUACUUACCAUUUUCCAGAGGCAGGAUGGGAACAGCUACCUGACAAGUGCAGGAAUCUUUCUGGACAGACAGACAAAACAGGAUGCUUCUCUGCUUCUGUGGACAUGUCCACUUUCAACCUCACCGGUUACAUGUACAGCCACACCAUCAAUAUUGUGGCUACUGUGGUGGAGGAAGGAACAGGAGUAGAAGCCAAUACUACUCAGGAUAUCUACAUUUCUUCACAAGUGGGAUCAAUAACCUUUGAAGACACCAAAGACUUUUAUUACCCCAAUUUCCCCUUCAGUGGGAAGGGAAGAUUCCAAAUGGAAAAUUCGGUGUAUAAUCCGGGACAGAAGCCUCAUUACUACAGAAAUGGCUAUCUGCAUGUGCAGCCCUUCUACAACCCAACUCGGAGUUGCAUCCACUGGCUACGUGGAGUCUUGGUGUGUGGCCAGCCCCAGGAAGUGCUGGUGGAUUACUACAUCGAUCCUGCGGAUGCAAACCCUGAUCAGGAAGUCAUCUUCUCCUACUAUUUAAUAGGGAAAGGGCAUUUGGAGAUGGAGGGGCAGAGACACCUGAACUUUGAGAAGGAAGGAACAAAAGGCUCUUUUUCCCUCUCACUGAUCUUCACUUCCAGACUAGCCCCUGAUCCUUCCCUGGUGAUCUAUGCCAUUUUUCCCAGUGGAGGCAUUAUAGCUGACCAAAUUCAGUUCUCAGUAGAGAUGUGUUUUGACAAUCAGGUUUCCCUUGGCUUCUCACCUUCCCAGCAGCUUCCAGGAGCAGAUUUGGAACUACAGCUACAGGCAGCUCCUGGGUCCCUGUGUGCAGUCCGGGCUGUGGAUGAGAGUGUCUUACUGCUUAGGCCGGAGACAGAGCUGAGCAACAAUUCUGUCUAUAGGAUGUUCUCAUUCUCGUAUGGUCACUACCCCUAUCAGGUGGCUGAAUAUGAUGAGUGUCCAAUGUCUGGCUCCUGGCACGCUCCUCAGCCCCUCUCAGUUAUGUGGAGGCCUUGGGUCUCUGAAGGAAUGGACCUUUUCCAUUUUUUUCAGGGCAUGGGCCUGAAAAUACUGUCCAAUGCCAAAAUUAAGAAGCCAGUAGACUGCAGUCAUCAGUCUUUAAAAUACAGCACUGCAGUGUCUGAAGUGAAUUAUGGUAUUGGUGAAGUGAGUUUUGGGUCAUCAUCACCUUCAUCACUUCAGUCACAGGACUCUCAGGUCCGCCAGUACUUCCCGGAGACUUGGCUCUGGGAUCUGUUUCCUAUUGGUGACUCUGGGAAGGAGGCUAUCCAUGUCACGGUUCCUGAUACCAUCACUGAGUGGAAGGCCAUGACUUUCUGUACCUCCCAGUCCAGAGGCUUUGGUCUUUCACCUACUGUUGGACUGACUGCUUUCAAGCCGGUCUUUGUUGAGCUGACUCUCCCUUACUCAGUAGUUCGUGGGGAAUCCUUUCGCCUUACUGCCACCAUCUUCAAUUAUCUGAAGGACUGCAUCAGGGUUCAGACUAACCUGGGUACAUCAGAUAAGUACCAGGUGGAAUCAUGGACAGAUUCUCAGGGCUCCAGCUGUCUCUGUGCUGAUGAAGCGAAAAGCUAUCACUGGAAUAUCACUGCUACCAAGUUAGGUCAUGUGAACUUUACCAUCACUACUAAGAUUCUGGACAGCAAUGAACUCUGUGGGGGACAAAAGGGGUUUGUUCCAGCAAAGGGCCAGAGUGACACACUCAUCAAACCAGUUCUGGUCAAGCCUGAGGGAGUCCUUGUGGAGAAGACAUACAGCUCACUGCUUUGCCCAAAAGGACAAGUGGCUUCAGAAUCCAUCUCGCUGGAGCUCCCUGCAGAUGUUGUUCCUGAUUCAAGCAAGGCUUAUGUUACGGUUCUGGGAGACAUUAUGGGCACAGCCCUACAGAACCUAGACAAUCUGGUGCAGAUGCCAAGCGGCUGUGGGGAGCAGAACAUGGUCUUGUUUGCUCCUAUAAUCUAUGUCCUGCAGUAUCUGGAGAAGGCAAGGCUGCUGACAAAGGAAAUCAGGUCUCGGGCAGUGGGUUUCUUGAACCUAGGGUACCAGAAGGAGCUAAUGUACAAACGUAGAGAUGGCUCAUACAGUGCCUUUGGGGAGGAGGAUGGAGAUGGAAACACAUGGCUGACAGCGUUUGUCACCAAAUGCUUUGGCCAAGCUCAAGAAUUCAUCUUCAUUGAUGACAAUAAUAUCCAGGAUGCUCUCAACUGGCUGGCAGGAAAGCAGCUCCCCAGCGGUUGCUACGCCAACGUGGGAAGGCUGAUUCACACAGCUAUGAAGGGCGGCGUUGAUGAUGAGAUUUCCUUGACUGCAUACAUCACAGCAGCAUUGCUGGAGAUGGGAACAACCACACAUGACCCGAUGGUGAGUCAGGGUCUGCAGUGCCUCAAAGGCUCAGUUUCCUCCACUACCAGCCUCUACGCACAGGCGCUCCUAGCUUAUACAUUCUCUCUGGCUGGGGAGAUGGACAUCAGAAACGUUCUCCUUGCAAAGUUAGACCAGCAAGCUAUUAUCUCAGGAGAGUCCAUUCACUGGAGCCCAAAGCCUGCUCCAUCCCUGGAUGCCAGACCUUGGUCUCAGCCUGAGGCUGUAGAUGUGGAACUGACAGCAUAUGUCCUAUUGGCCCAGCUUAGCAAAGCCAGCUUGACUCAAAAGGAGAUCGCCAAGGCCACUGCCAUAGUGGCUUGGUUGGCCAAGCAACGUAAUGCAUAUGGAGGCUUCUCUUCUACUCAGGACACUGUAGUUGCUCUCCAAGCUCUUGCCAAAUACGCCACUACUGCCUAUGUGUCAUCUGAGGAGGUUAGCCUGGCUGUAACAUCCACUGAGGAUUUUCAGCACAAUUUCAACAUUCAGGCUGCCAACCGGUUGGUACUUCAGCAGGAGAGUCUGCCCAAUGUCCCUGGGGUGUACACUUUGGAGGCCUCAGGCCAGGGCUGCGUCUAUGUGCAGACGGUGCUGAAAUACCAUAUUCCUCCUCCUAAAUUUGCGGACACCUUUAGUCUUAGUGUGGAAAUGGGAAAAGCUAGAUGUGAGCGAGCUACUUCUCGAUGCUUGACACUUACUGUGCAUACCAGUUAUGCGGGCAGUCGCAGCUCUUCCAAUAUGGUCAUUGUAGAAGUGAAGAUGCUUUCCGGGUUCAGUCCCAUGGAGGGCACCAGUCAGUUACUUCUCCAACAGCCUCUGGUGAAGAAGGUUGAAUCUGGAACUGACGUACUGAAUAUUUAUUUGGAAGAGCUGAGUAAGAAGACUCAGACCUAUACCUUCACCAUCAGCCAAAGUGUGUUAGUCACUAACCUAAAACCAGCAACCAUCACAGUUUAUGACUACUACCUCCCAGAUGAACGGGCAACAGUUCAGUACUCUGACCCCUGUGAAUGAGGAUAGAAGUUGGAAAGAGACUGAUUUAAUCCUCUGUGACAUUAUUGGACAGCAUUCUUCUGCCUCUUAAAGCAAAACACAUUCAAUCAAAUAAUGUGCUUUCUGUGACUGACUAGAGAGUGAGUAACAGAUGAGCAGGCUUGAACCUCAGCUACUUUCUACUACGUAGACGUAGACACAUAGAUGCCAGAAUGAAGGGCUGCGGGAGAUGGGGAGGAAUAAUCACACAAAGGAGGAAUUAUAUGGAAAAGACCACUGGGAGAGGAGAUGUGGUUUAGCCAUGUAGGGGCACUCUCCAGAGGGGAUAUAGAGGUGAUCCAGGGAAGAUAAAAACAUCUUCCUGAGGGUUAAAUCUAAGAGAAGAUGUAACUUAGGGCUUUGGGAAUAGAUUAAAAACAUUUUUUUCUUUGGAAAGAAAAUCUGCGUCCUUGGCCCUGUGCAUAUUUCUGUGGAUACCAAAGGUUCUAUUUAAACAUAAUGAUCUCCCUUUAACCAAAACUCACAUUCUGGCUUCUUCAUUAGACCUUUUGACCCAGACAUGUCAGAGAAUCAUAUUUACAGAUUCAGGGAGGGGUCAGAGUAGAGAAUCCUAAAUAAGGGACUGACUGUGUUCAGCCAGCCAGCACUGCAGGGCAAAACACGAUUGAUAAAAGAAGAGUAGCUGACCAGGAUUCCCUAUCUCUGCCUUUCUGCAUUUCAUGCAAGAAGUUCAGCACACUCAUGGAUUUGUGUAUGUGUGUGUGUGUCUAAAAGUUAGAUUGAGAAAGUAGAGAGAAAUUGAAUUGUAGAAUACAUGAGAGAGGAAAACCUUUGCUUCUAACCCCUUAUAUUCUGUGCCCGGGUCCUGUGAAUUAAAUUGGCAAAAGACAGAUUAGCAGGAGAAAAGAUCUAUUUGUAUGCACCAGGUCACUUCACAGGAAAAAAGUGAAAACCCCAAGAAUCAGUUAGGCCUGGGGGCUUAUAUUAUUAUUUUUACAAAGGGUGAUGCUGUUGUGGAAGAAAUUACAAAACAAAGGAAAAGGGAUUUGGGCUUCUAGGUGCAAUGACAUUGCAUGUAGGUAAAUAAAUAGAGGGGGAAAGGAAUAGAAGAUUGAGGUUAUUUUAGUAAGGUUUACUUGUGCAGAUACAAAUUAAUGCUGACUGGGCACCUGGGUGGCUCAUUUGGUUAAGUGUCAGCCUUAGGCUCCUGUCAUGAUCCUGGGGUCCUGGGAU